GAUGCUCUGAAAGGAAGGGUGAUGGUGACCGGAAAGACGUAAGUCGUGUUAAGUGGACGUGAACAGACCGGAUGGGUGAUGCUAUAUGAUCUAAUUUUACGAUACUUCCAUUCUCAUUUACGGCACCACCGGUGCUGCAGAAACGAGAGCAAGGUGGAAGCAAGACUAGCUUAGAUCUCGUAACACAAUAAUUAAUCUUGCGUAAAAAAGACUAUCGUCAUUUUUAACAUUUGUGAAGCUUACAGGUUCGCGUCAGUCAGGUGGCUGCUGAGGUAGAUGUAUAUACUUUUCUGUUGGCAUUAACGUUAGCUUUGGCAUUAACGUUAGCUAACCGUAGCAGACAGCGUCUCAUCGUGUACUGUAGCCACUCAACUUCUCAGGACCUGUCACUUCUUUACCGAGUCUGUCGAGUUUCUCAUAAACAUGCCGAUCCAGCUGACGAGUCAGGCUUACUGUAAAAUGAUUUUACAUGCUGCCAAGUACCCCCACUCUGCUGUGAAUGGCUUGUUGGUGGCAGAGAAAAUGAAGGAGAAAAAGAAAGAGAGCCACGGGGAACCGGUGGUGUGUGUGGACUGUGUGCCGCUGUUUCACGGCACUCUUGCUCUGGCACCGAUGCUAGAAGUAGCUCUUACCCUGAUUGAUACUUGGUGUAAAGAAAACAAUUACGUCAUUGCCGGAUAUUAUCAAGCCAAUGAACACUCUAAGGAUUCAAGACCCAACCAAGUUGCAGAAAAAGUGGCUGCCAGGAUUUCGGAGAACUUCAGUGAUGCAGCAAUUGUUAUGGUGGACAACAGUAGAUUAAAAAUGAGCUGUUUUGAGCCCAUUGUGCACAUCUAUGACCAUCAUGAAAACAAGUGGAAAAGCAGAGAAGUAACUUUUGACUGUUUUGAGGACUGGAGCGAAGCGCAGAAGAUCACAUCUGCGCUGUUGGAGGGAAGGUCUUACGAGAGCUUGAUUGACUUUGACAAUCACUUGGAUGAUCUGAGGAACGACUGGACCAACCCUGUGAUCAACAAGUCCGUCCUGGAUCUGUGCUAAGCCAGUCGGCCAGGAGUACCCUCACAUAGAUACACAUUUCUGACGUUUCAGCAUGCAUGGUGCUACUUGCCUUGUAGCAAAGGAGUACAAUAAUGCUGAACGCAUGAUCUUUGUUCCAUGAAAAGCUCCCUGCUACUGAGAGGACCUUGCGGAGCACUGACCGUUUAGGCCAACUUCUCUCACAGGCAAGAGCCAUAUGUGCUCUGUUGGCAUGUGUCGGCCUUUACAAGGUGAUGCUGAUGUGAUGAAGGCCGUUAUGUGUUUGACUGCAACUUAAUGUUUUUUUUUUUCCUACAAUGGUUUGUGUUUAUUUAUAGUCGUGUGCAUAAACUUAAAUUCUAGAGUUUUUAAUAAAUUCUUUCCUCUUAAAUAUUGCAGCCAGUAGCCAUAAAGAGAUGAUUAAAUUUAAGGAGAUUAUUGUACUACUAAGAUAUGAUAUCGAUACAUGUUCUCUAUUUUAGGUGUAGUUUGUUUUAAGACCUUUCAAUUUAAAUAUAGAACUGUAGUCUGAAUAUUUUUGUGGGCAGUUUAUUUAUGAACAAUAUAAUAAUAUAGAUGAACAUGAGAGGCAGUUAAUAGUUAAACCUGUUUUCUUAUCUCUGCCCUAACUCUUAAAAUAUAUUAUUUUUAAAAGUUUAAUUCUUACGCAAGUAUUUUUAUGGUGGGUGUCACCUGUUAUAAUUCCUAGUACACUUCAGAAUGUAAUUCUUCUGAUGAUGCACAUGUUGGCGUAUUGGCUUUUGAUUCUUGCCCUAGAAGAUGUGUUCAUAAGCAGUCCGCCCAAUCAGAUCACAGGAAUCUUGGGUAUCUGUUGUAAGAACACGGUAAUAGUUUGUAUUUAUACUUAAUUGACUGCUCUAAAUACUACUAUUUAAUAUGUAAUGUUAAAAUAUUUGAAUACUUAAUGUUGGCAUACAGAACUGCCUUUGUAUUUCAAAUUAGAAUGAAUCAGUAAGCUAUUAAAUAAUGAUGUUGAAGUCACUUUUUUUUUUACAUCCAUUUUAUAAACUGAAUGUACAAUGAAAACCCUUUUGGAACCAAUUGUUUUGUCAGAUUUGUGUCAUUUAGUACAUGAUUUAUAGGCGUUACAAGGUAUUUACCACUGCCUUUGAGGGCUUCAGGAUUUGGUUAAAUUGUAUAUGGCUUAGAAAUGCUCAAGUUAUAUUAAUGGCUUUGCUGCAUCAUCAGUAACGUGUCAACCAGAGACGGUCAUAGGUUAUCUGCUCUGAAACCAUAGAAUGGGAAGUAAUAUUAAAAUGUCAAUUUGCAAUUUAUAAUAAAUGUUGUAACUAACA